AGUGCGUGAACGCGCGCCGCAGUUCUGAUCGGCGCGCGGAACAUGAUGAUGAGAGCGUGACCUCACCGCUUUCUGCACAGCUGCUGGAGAGAGGGGGGAGACACAGAGAAACAGAGCAAGCAACAGAAACACGUUGAGGGAGACAGAGAGAGGUACAGGGGAGAACAUUCACAACACUGGGGUAGCUACGCUGAGCGCGCGGGGACUCUGUCGCGGGUCGUCCGUUAGCUGCUUCCCGCUGGUCCGCCUCCCAGAAUGUUCUGUGCCCCCGGUUCAUUUGUACGGUACACGAACCAGUCGCCGCGGCUUUCCCACGGACACUGAAGCCCAGAUGCUCACCCUUUCCGCCGACAUGGACGAGUCUUCGUCUCUGCUGGAUCUACUGGAGUGCUCGGUGUGCCUGGAGCGCCUGGACACCACGGCCAGGGUGCUGCCGUGCCAGCAUACCUUCUGCCGCCGCUGCCUCGAAAACAUUGUCAGCUCCCGGAACGAGCUCCGCUGCCCGGAGUGCCGCAUCCUGGUGGACUGCGGGGUGGACGACUUGCCGGCUAACAUCCUUCUGGUUCGCCUUCUGGACGGUAUUAAGCAGCGGCCCCAGCGAGGGAGCGGAGGAGGAGUAGGCGGCAGGCAGUCCCUGACUGGGGGCUCGCUGCAGGGCUACGCAGCCGGGAUAUCCGCUUCUCCCCCGGGCAGUGCGAUCAGAGAGCUGCCCGUAGCCAUCAGGAGCUCCCCUGUGAAGAAUAUCCCAGCGCUGCCUUGCGGUAAAGCCCUCUACUCCUACGAAGGAAAAGAACCAGGCGAUCUCCAAUUUUCCAAGGGUGACAUCAUCAUCCUGCGACGCAAGGUGGAUGACAACUGGUACCAUGGCGAGCUCAAUGGUUGCCAUGGUUUCUUGCCCGCUAGUUACAUCCAGUUGCUGCGUCCCCUGAGCCAAACUCCUCCCCAGGGCAAAGCACUGUACGACUUUGAGGUCAAGGAUAAAGACCAGGAUAAAGACUGUCUGGCCUUCAGCAAGGAUGAGGUACUGACAGUAAUCAGGCGAGUGGACGACAACUGGGCAGAAGGCAUGCUGGGAGACAAGAUUGGUAUCUUCCCCAUUCUCUAUGUGGAGUUAAAUGAAACAGCCAAGCAGUUGAUGGAGAUCGACAAGCCUACCCCAACCAACGUUCCAGGUCCAAGCUCCGAGCCAACCCCGUUGGGCCCCUGCUCUCCUGGUCCCUCCCCCAGUGCCUCCCCUUCCAAUGGAAAUGGCUCUGGUCAUAGAAGAGGUGAAGGGAAGAAAAACGCCAAGAAAAGGCAUUCAUUCUCUGCGCUGUCCGUCAGCCAGAGGGCCGCCCAGCUCAACAACAGACACAGUAUGGAGAUCUCUCACCCAGUCCUCAUCAGCUCCUCUGACCCCAGAGCUGCUGCACGCAUCCAGGAUGCAUCUCACCCGGGCGCCUCUCCUUCCUCGGCAGGGGUGCUGGUACCUCCCAAAGUGGCAUCCAUAACCUCUGAGCUGCUGGCCCAUGCCAAGGUGCAGCUGCCACUAAACAUAUAUCUGGCUUUAUACGCCUACAAGCCCCAGAAGGCUGAUGAACUGGAACUCAGGAAAGGGGAGAUGUAUCGGGUGACAGAGAAGUGUCAAGACGGGUGGUUCAAAGGCACCUCACUGAGAACUGCUGCCUCUGGUGUCUUCCCAGGAAACUAUGUCACUCCCGUAUCCAGGGCCCCGUUUGGAGUUGGUGGUUCUCGGGGCUCGUCUUUGUCCAGUCCAGUAGGUGGAGGAGGAGGAGGAGGAAGUGGGUGUAGUAAAAUCUCCGCCCCUUCGUCUCCAGGGUCCCCAGGGUCGCCGGGGCCCUCUUCGUCCCGUCCCUCCACCCCACUAGCAAACUCUGUUAACACUGCAAGUCCCGCAUCCUCUCCACAAACUGCCGCUGCCCAGCUGAAGAACUGCCUGCGCUCCAAUCAGCAUACAGUUAACCAGGCACGCACCUCAAUGCAGCUGGUCCACAGUCCUCCUGCUGGAAGCCCAGAGCGCUCCACAGUGGCCCUCUCCCCUCUGCGUCCUCAGAGUUCCUCCCCCUCACGCUGCCCAGGACAGUCGGGUCGUCCUCUCUCCAUGGUGUCUCCAGGGCCCAGCUUAGGGCCCUCACCCCUCUCUUCCCCUGCCUUGAGGCCCCUCCUUCCCCUCUCCUCCCCUCUCUCCUGCCUCACGCCUCCCAACGUGUCAGCGGUGCUUCUCAACGGGGACCCGGCCAGUCCCUUGCAGACACCAUCAUCGGGCCACUCCCACAGCCCCACCCAGGGCGUCCUCGCACCCAAAGCAGAGAAGAAGGAGAGGAAAGCAGGAGGUUUAUUAAAGCUCUUGUCAGGUGCGGCAGCCAAAAAGAAACCUCGCUCACCUCCCUCCUCCCCGCCCACCCACGACCCUUCACAAUCUGGCCAAGGCGCCGUGGCCACGGACCCUGCCCACCGUCCUCACCCCCAUCACCACCACGCCCGCUCAGGUUCCUGUCCGAUGGCAUCGCAGGGACGAGCCGGCUCCUGUCCAAUCGAGAGUGAGAUGGCGGGGGCCAUUGGACUGGAGCCUCUGCACAGGAAGUCUGGAUCCCUGGACACCAACUUCCCCAUGUCGCCCCCCGCAACACGCGCUAGCAACGCUCUGAUGGUCCUCCGGCCUGAACCCAAACCCCUGUCCAGAGAGAGGUAUCGUGUGGUGGUGCCCUACCCGCCCCAGAGUGAGGCAGAGAUUGAGCUGCGGGAAGGCGACGUAGUGUUUGUGCACAAGAAGAGGGAGGACGGCUGGUACAAAGGCACCCUGCAGAGGACGGGACAGACCGGCCUAUUUCCCAGCAGCUUUGUCGAGAGCUUCUGAAAUGGAAAAAGUGGACAAAAGAACAAAUCACUGUUCCUGUUUCUGAGUUACAAAACACAACCACACACACAAGAUUUACAGCUACAUACAUAUGAGGAAUGGACUGAAAUUUGUUUCUGA